UAUGACCGGAUGUGACGUCACCGCCCGGCUUCCUGUUCUUCCCCUUUCCCGGAGGUAGAUCUGUCUCUGUUUCUUCAUUCCUGUGCGUCAGUGUCAUUCCGGAGGACAAAAUGGCGGACAAGAUCGUUCCCUUGGCAGAGAAGCGCCUCCUGGAUGUCAAGCUCGGACAGCUGCCCAACUGGCUCGCCACAUGUAACUUCACUCCAAAUGGAAUUUUUGCUUCCCUUCGCAGAGGUCACGAUCGAUACUAUAACAAGUACGUCAAUGUGAAGAAGGGAGGAAUUGGAGGCAUUGCCAUGGUGCUUGCUGCUUACAUUGUAUUGAGCUACACCUGGGAGUAUGAUCACAUCAAGCACGACCGCUGGAGAAAGUACCACUGACCACAAGAGUCCUCACAAAGUACACAAGAACCUUCUCUAUCUGCUCUGUAUUAAAUCUAUUAAAGCAAUUCUGGCUGUGUA